AUGGCUCCUAUUGACGAUUCUUCCACUACUACUGCUGCCAUCACUCCUUCAACCUCAACUAUUUAUUCUUCUGUUGAACCGUCACACCCUUUGUACUUGUACCCGUCUGACUCGCCUAGCACAAUUUUGGUCACAAAAACCUUUAAUGGUAUGAUUUAUGGGGGUUGGAGACGAAGCAUGUUAAUUGGAUUACCAUAUAAAAAUAAAUUGGGGAUAAUGAAUGGAACAAUCCCCAAACCUAGUGAAAACUCUGUGUUGUUUGAACCCUGGGUUCAUUGUAAUGAUAUGGUGACUGCGUGGAUACUAAAUGGCCUAGACACUGAGAUUAGGAAGAGUGUGAUGUAUACAGAAUCUGCUCAAAAACUUUGGUUAGAAAUCGAACAACAAUAUGGGAAAGCAAAUGGGACUAAGGUGUUUCAAAUUAGGAAGGACCUUGCUUCCAUUUCCCAGGGGUCUUCUAACAUUGCUUCCUAUUUCAGUCGUAUUAAAAAGCUUUUGGAUGAUUUGGCUUACUUAAUUACUUAUCCAGAUUGUGCAUGUGCUUGUAAAGAGGUUUUUCAGAAGCUAGAGAAAGAGUAG